AUGACAAUACCACUCAUCACUGCACUUGCCAUCUCGAUGCCUGCCGCUAGCUCCACGGUGCGACCUCAAGCGCAGCCGCUUACACAACUGUAUCGAGCUUCAUGUCCUUUUGACCCAACUAAGGAUGACAUAUAUGGUCUGAAUAAGGGCGAGGUACGAUGUUUUACAUUCAAAGUUCUAUGGCGGAAUUCGCAACAAGGGGUCGUUGGCCAGCAAACCUCCAAACCCCAACCCAAAUACAUCAAACACCUGAAGGACACAUCAGACCUUUGGCAUCGUGUUGUGACGCUGAACUGCCUGGGAUUGUCGAUCUCUGAGAAGACUCUUGUCACUCGUUGUCGGCAGGCAGCUCAUGCGGAAUGUCAGAUCUCGCAGCGUAUGGACACUGACGAAUGGAUGGACUAG